AAACACGGAGUCUCCGUCUUCUUCUCCGUUUGUCUUCGAGUUCAUCUUAAUCCUAAUUCAGUGAACAGAAGUCUAGCAUGAAUGACACACACACGUGGGAUAGCACGGCACAGUCCCGGAACUUAGCACGGAAACGCCAGCUGCUCACACGCCCAUGAGAAGUUCACCUGGAGCUGCUACCAACUCACAAAGUGUCGCACCGGGAAGGAGGACCGUGCAGACAGGCGUGCACCUUCCUCGCUGGAUGCUGCAUGUGUGUGAAGUGUGAAGUGUGACACAGAAUGGCGUCCGAGGCUGUUUACUCGCAUAGGGACCCUAUGCUGAAGAAAAGAGAUGACUUUGAGGACAUUUUGGAGGAGAGGAGGAACUCCAGCGACCUGAGAUACGCCCUCAGGUGUUACACUCCUGUUCUUUACAAAGGCAUGACGCCCUGCAAAGCCAACACGCUGAAGAGCAUGGUGCUGCAGUCCAAUCAGCUGCGCUACGUCAUCAGUCAGGUUUCCAAAGAGACGGGCAGAGCAACCGAUGACGUCCGCGAGGAUGCGUUGGCCAUCCUGGAGGAGAUGGCUCACUCUCUGCAGCUCAGCACCGUUCGCUUCUUCGCCUUCACGCUCAGCAAGGUCUUUAAAACCUUGUUCAGGAGCAUCUGCGUCAACGAGGAGGGCAUCCAGAGGCUCCAACAGGCCAUCCAGGAGCAUCCGGUAGUCCUCUUACCCAGUCACCGGAGUUACAUGGACUUCCUGCUGAUGUCGUACAUCCUGUACACCUACGACCUGGCUCUGCCUGUCAUCGCUGCCGGCAUGGACUUCAUGGGGAUGAAGUUUGUUGGGGAAAUGCUGCGGAUGUCUGGAGCGUUCUUCAUCAGGAGGUCGUUUGGUGGAGACAAACUGUACUGGUCUGUCUUCUCAGAGUACGUCAAGACCAUGCUGAAGAACGGAUUUGCACCAGUUGAAUUUUUCCUAGAGGGGACAAGAAGCCGAACAGCCAAGUCUCUGACACCAAAGUUAGGUCUGUUGAACAUAGUCAUGGAUCCGUUCUUUAAAGGGGAGGUGUAUGACGUUAGCGUGGUUCCGGUCAGCAUCAGCUACGAGAGGAUCUUGGAGGAGGCGCUUUACGCCAGAGAGAUGCUGGGAGUACCUAAACCGAAAGAGUCCACUUCAGGUCUGUUUAAAGCCAGAAAGGUCCUCAGUGAAGAUUACGGAAGUAUCCACGUGUACUUUGGCCAGCCUGUGUCUGUUAGGAGUUUAGCCCAGGGCAGAGUGAACCGCUGCCAGUUCAACCUGGUACCAAGACACAUCCCCGGAAAACCCAGCGAGGAGAUCCAAAACUUUGUGAACGACACAGCUUACAGGCUGGUGCGAGCCCAGGAGGAGAACAUGGUCCUAAAGCCGUGGGUCCUUCUGGCCUCCCUGUUGCUCCAGAACCACCACCAGAACCAGACGGCGGGGCAGGAACGGGGAAUAGCACUGGAUGAGCUGACUGCACAGGCUGUGUGGCUCAGGGACGUUUCCCGGGAGUACGGAGCCUUCCUCAACUGGCCUGGGGUCAUGACUCCAUCAGAGGUGGUGUCCUCCAGUCUUUCCCUGCAUCGAGGUCUGGUGAGGAUCUGUGAGGGACGAGUCCAGCUGGCAGUGGAACAAACUGGAACAGGCGAGCCUCACGGCGCCGUCACUCCAGAAGAGGAGCUCUUGAGCCAGGCAGUCGUCGUCCUCUCCUGCGCCUCGUACAGGAACCAGGCGCUGCACGUCUUCAUCCGACCGGCCCUGCUGGCCUCGGCCAUCCACGCUGCCUCCUCCAACCAGAAACAGGAGGUCUUCAACAGCUUCAGCUUCCUCAGAAACAUGUUCUCCAAUGAGUUCAUCCUCUGUCCUGGAGCUACAGUGCAGGACUUUGAGGAGGCCUGUUAUCUGCUGGUGAAGACCAGAGCUUUGCAGGUUACCCAACAAGAGGUUCUGGUAACGGAAAGAGGACAAAGAACGCUGGCCUUCCUCACCAGCAUGCUCGAUCCUUUCUUACAAGGAUACCAGGUGAUCUGCAGGUUCCUGUGUGAGGAGGUCGCUGACACUCUGACAGAGAAACAGUUCAUUCCCGCUGUCCGCAAGUUCAUCGUCAAACAUCUUCUCGCAGGUAGACUAAGAUACACCGAGGUGUUGUCGUCUGACCUCCAGAAGAACGCUCUGGCAGCUUUGCUGAGACUCGGAGCCGUACGGAAAAUCAAAGGAGCCGAGCCGGGGACUUUAAAGGUCAACGCGGUGAUGGUGAACUCAUUGGAAGACACUCUCGGAGGAAAACUUCCCAUGCAGAAAGCCGUCUCCGCCCGCCUCUAAUACACCGACGUCAUCAGGGGACCGAGUUGAAUCUUUUUUACCUGGAUGGCCGUGAUGCGAUGAUGUCUCAGCUCUUCGACUCCGGCUCCCACCAAACCGCUUUCUAUGAGAGAUGGAACAAAAGAGUUGCCAUCUGGAGACGGCUCGACCCCCUUUUUUUUAUUUUUCGCUUCACCUCUCUUUUCACUCUGCCUCUUCUCCCCUCCGUCAGACUCUACUAAAAACCUUUUCCAUAAAACCAGACGAUGAGUUGGGCCUUUUGAAGGUAUAUCGCUAAGCUUUUUUGGCUCAUUCUUAAUAACUGACCUUUUGCUACGCCUUUUUGAAAGCUUCUAUCUCAGGAUAGAGGCCUCUCUCUCUGUUAAUGCAUCUGAUGCGUGUCCAUUAACACUCCUGUGGCUUUUCUUUGUGUUUCUGUUUUUUCACACACGCUUCGGUCUGUUUGUCUCUCUCUUUUGUUUGAGCACUUUAAUGAAUGUAUUCACUCCAUGUGGCGUAGGCUUCUAUCUUUAGUCUGUUUUUUUUUGCAAAACAAAAAGUUGCUAAAAUUGUUGGAUAAGAAGAUUUGGGUGGUUACAUAUUUUAGCUUUGGGGAAAAAUGUUUUUUUUUGUUGCACUGUCUGAAUGAAAGUUUGUAUAUUUGAGUUUAACUUGCCACAAAAUGAAGGCCUCGUUCCAAAAUGGCUUGCACCAGGUGCCAUUGUUGGAUUUGACAAGGUCCUUGGUGUGUUGGGAGUGAGAGCAUUUACACGACUGACUGGGGCAAGUUCACCGAGCAAAGGAACCAGUCCUAUUCCUCCCCAACAAAACCGAUUUUAUUACAGCUCCUUGCUCUCACUGAGACUUGGAUCAAACCAGCUGCUCUCUCUCUCACCCUCUGUGCCACAGUUGCACUGGUGGCUGCUAAAUGACUAAAUGUUGAUGUUAACCCACCCUGGUUCAAGUUUACCAUCCGCCCUCGGGCCCUUUUUGCCAACACUUUGAGCUUCACGGACAAACGGUCCGUUCAUCUUUGUUUACACACUGGAGACUAUGCCUCAAGUCUGAUGCCAGUGUCACAUAGUUGCCAAACUAAACGGUUUAGUUUUAAUUAUACCGAAGCAAGACCAGCUACACCAAAGGAAUACGUUUGAAGUCUUUGUUUUGACGUUUUUCUUGUUCUCAAGUGUGGAAUAGUUUGUUUAAAGUUACUGAUUUUUUUUUAAAAAGUCUGAAUAUAUUAAAGGUGUUUAGGUUUUAUUUAUCGUCAGAGAGACACAUACUUGAUAUCCAGUAUACAAGGGACGGAAGAAAAGGUCAAAUUUACGG